AUGCUCCCACAGAGACAGAGGUCGCCGGAGCCGGACCAUCGUCUCCCAAUCCCAACCCAGCCCGCACACCCAAACCAAACUCGGCUUCCGACUGGGCCGCGAUCUCCUCAAGCUCCACCGCGCGGCGCCGGCCACCGCCUCCCGUCCCUGGAGCCGUCGCUUUACGCGGGCCUCCUCCGGCGCGCGUCGCGGGGCCGGUCGCUGCCGCUGGCCAGGCUCACCCACUCCCACAUGAUCCGCGCGGGGUACCGGCCGGGCCUGUUCCUGAGCAACAACCUGCUGGCCGCCUACGUCCGCUGCGCCGACACGCGGAGCGCCCGACUCCUGUUCGACGGGAUGCCGCGCCGGGACGUCGUCACCUGGAACACGCUCAUCGCCGGGUACUCCACCCAGGGCUCCCAGCGCUUGGCGCUCGGCGCGUUCCGGGACGCGCGGCGGGAUGGCGCCGUCGCCGUGGAUAGGUUCACCUACGCCGCGGUGCUGGCCGCGUGCUGUGGCGCCGGGGACUGGAGGAGCGGACGCGCCGCGCACGGGCUGGCUGUGGUCAGCGGGCUCGCGCGGACCGCGUUCGUGGCCAACUCGGUGAUUGACAUGUACGCCAAGUGCGGGAUGAUUGACGAGGUGAGGCUGGCGUUUGAUCGAGCCGAGGAGCGGGAUGAGGUUUCGUGGAACCUGCUCUUGUCCGCGUAUGUGCGGAUGGGAUGGCCAGAGGUCGCGGUGAAUGUGCUUGUCUGGAUGCACCGGUCAGGGGUGAAGCUCGAUGCUUUUGCCCUGGGUGGGAUCCUGAAGGCUUGUUCUGAGCUCGAGGAUUCAGAGGAUGUACGGAGGAUGCUUCACGGUUGUGUGAUUAAGGUUGGUUUGGACUUGGAUGUGUUUGUUGGGAGCACCAUGGUGGACAUGUAUGCUAAGAACGGUGGAUUGGAGGAGGCCAUCAAGGUGUUUGGUAGCAUUCCAAGCCAGAAUGUGGUAAUUUACAAUACCAUGAUAGCAGGGUUUGCUCGGUUAGGUAACGAUCCCUGUCCUGAGAUUAGAAUGGAAGCAGUCAGGAUUUAUUCAAACAUGUUGCGGAGGAGGAUUAGACCGUCCAAAUUUACAUUCAAGAGCGUGCUUGAAGUGUGCAAUUUGACCAAUGCGGUACGAUGUUGGAGGCAGAUACAUGCCCAUGUUAUACUCUUUGGGUUCGAAGAUGAUGAGUUCAUUGGAAAUGCACUGAUUAAUUUGUAUUCAAAAGUACGUCUAGUUGAUGAUAGUCUGAGAUGCUUCCAUAGGACUCCCAAGCAAAACAUUCUUACAUGGACUUCUAUGAUUACAGCAUUUGUGCACAAUGAACAUUCUGAUAAGGCACUAAACUUAUUCAGAGAGCUUUGUUAUACAGGAGUGGAGCCUGACCAAUUCACCAUGUCAAGUGUGAUGAAUGCCUGUGCUGAUCUGAGUAUGCCAAUAGCAUGUGAACAAAUACACUGUUAUGCAGUCAAAUCUGGAUUCGAUCAGUUUACUCUUUGCGGCAAUUCACAGAUCGAGAUGUAUAGGUGUACAGGUGAUCUUAAGGCUACAAAGAAGACAUUUGAGCAAAUACCAUCCCUGGAUACUUUCUCGUGGUCUCAAAUGAUCUUGAGCUAUGCAGUGCAUGGACAUGAAAGAGAGGCUCUACUGCUAUUUAAGAAAAUGAGGGAUUGUAGUGUCAUGAUAAAUGAGUUUGCAUUUCUUGCUGUUCUCGUUGCUUGCAGCCAUCAGGGACUGAUAAAUGAAGGUUUCAGGCAUUAUGAGAGCAUGGUGUCAGAUUACAGCUUUGUCCCGGAUGUGAAGUAUAUAGGUUGCAUGGUUGACCUCCUAGGCCAUGUUGGGAAGGUGGCUGAUGCUGAAGAUUUUAUAAAUAGUUCUGGAUUAGAAAAUGAUGCGGUACUUUGGCAUAUACUAUUGCGUGCCUGCAGAAUCCAUGGGGACAAAGAUAGAGGUAUAAAAAUAGGAGAAAAGCUAAUGAUGCUUGAGCCUUUUGCUGCUAGUUCCUAUGUCAUGCUGUACAACUUGUACAUGGAUGCUGGGAAAAUCUCACUUGCUAUGAGGACAAGAGGCCAGAUGAGAGAGCGAGGAAUGACUAAGGAGUCUGGGAUUAGUUGGGAAGAAUUUGGAGGAUCCUGCCAUCAUUUUGUCGAUGGAGAUAACUCUUGCUCACAGAAAGAUUCAACUUUCACAAGAUUGGAAGAGUUGUUGGUCAGGGUGAAACAGAAGACUGAACGAGGCAGCAUGAAUGUUUGGGAGUUAGGAUUCCAAAGCAGAAAGGUCAGUGAGAACUCAAUCAGCAAACAUGGUGAGUUGUUAGCAGUGGCUCUUGGGUUGUCUACUUUGCCAAACACUGCUCCUGUAAGAGUUAUGAAGAACCAGAAGAUGUCCUGGGAAAGCCAUGAGACACUGAAGUUGCUAUCUGAAAGUGAAAACAGGGAAAUAAUUAUCAGAGAUCCAGCUCGCUUUCAUCAUUUUAGUCAAGGUUCAUGCUCUUGCCGAGGCUACUGGUAG